AUGCAACGGCCGUGGUCUACCCACCUCACUCUGUUUGUGGACCCCACCAUCGUUCGGGCCCUGCGCUCGGCCGCUGUCGGCACGACAUUCGCCUGCGAGGAGCUCUGCACGGGAGAGAGGCCCUUUUCGUGCGCCGGCGUCGACCCCCGUGCCCAUCCGCCUCACUUCUCCCUCGCCGCUCUACCUUCGCCCACGCUGUCCUCUCCUGCUCGCCUCGUCCGCCCGGUCGCUGCGCCGUCGAUCCGCCGCGCCCGUGUCAACCACUUGCUCAGCAUCGUCGGCGGCCGCAGGCGUGCUCCAUGGCGGCGCUAUGCCGUGAGCUUGGUUGAGGUCGUCGUCUCGCUGGGAUUGCCGCGUGGGGUUGAGCGGUUGCUUCUGUUGGAUUUCUGCUCGCCUGUACUGUCGGUUAUUUGCUACUGUGAGCUGUUGUUGGAACUGCACGUGAGUUGUUGCUGGGAGUCCUUGUUUGUCAGGAUGUUCGUCGUCUCCUAUUCCCCUCUGCAUUUGUUGGAGUUGGUUGCUUCCCACUGUCGGUUGUCAUACCAAGCCUACCUGCGUGAGGUGGGCGGCGAUGGUUCCGUCCUUGGAGGCGUGGAGCUUGAUACUGCUGUUGUCCGCGCCGGCCCGUUUUUUUUGGUCUGUUGCGUCAUGUGGUUCACCGUGUCCAUUUGAGGAAUCAGCCUUGCAAGCCAUUCGCUUCUUACAAGUUUGUAUGGGUUUGUGAUCUGUGAUCCUCCGUGUGGUGUUGGGGUUUGAUUUAUCUCUGUGCGGCCGAAUCGGGGUUGGGUUUGAUUGACCUUCUGCUGCUGGAUUCGGAUUUCUUUUUUUCCGAUUGUUUCUUCCCUCUUUUCCGUCAUCUUGCCCUUCCGCCUG